UUUACUCUGGCUACAACCAUAUAACUGCCUUUUUAAACAAAAACGAUCUCACAGUCUCAAGAAAGUAAAGAAAGUGUUUGAUUCACUGUCCGGCUGCAAAACUACUCUCACUGUUAUUUGCAUGAAAAUAUAUUUUAAUAAGUUCAGGCAUCAUUUCCAAAUUAAAAGAACAUUUCUUCAAUUUACGAGGGGAUUUACUGGUGUUUGUCCGUUCGUGCAUGUUAAUGAUGUUAAGAGGGAGGAAGCCAAGGUCUAAACUGAUCGAUGAAGCCACGAUGGGUUUGAGAGAAGCAGCGAGUUGCUUUGUCAUCUUUCUUCUUUCUGUGUCUGGAACAUCUACGUUUACAGGAAAGCACUUUGUGUUAUAUCGUGAUUGUAUGAAAAUUGUUUGAACAAUUGUUCCAGUCUUUCUCAUGUUUGGACAUUUCCUGAAUUUCUCUUAAAUUACUUUUAAGGGGCCUGUUCAACGCUGCUCACAGCUUCAGUUGAGGAGGAUUCAGGUUUGAUGGGAACAGACACUAAAGUCGUUUCUAACACUCUAUAAAAUGAGGAAAUUAAAAGUUUGUACAAAACACAAGUUACUUCUUUGUUUUAGGUUUAAUCUAACACCUUCUGGCUCAGCAAGCAUGUAAGUGGAAAGAGGAAGGAAGGUGGGGGGGGGGGUUUAACAGUUUAAAUUUAUCUUUCUCUUACAGAAUCUGUCCUUAUUCUCAGACUCUUCUGUGUUGUAGGUAGACGUGUCUGUGAUGUGACUGAGUUUCAUCUUGUGCACAUUAUUUAUCUGUGGACGUUUCUCUUGUUUGAAGUCACAGACGAGAGCAGCAGCUACUAUGAGUGUAACUGCAGCAGCCAGUGGAUUUGUUGUCCUUCUUCUCACUGUGACAGUGGUACAGUGUGAGAAUGGCUGGGAUGUGAGUUACACUUCUACUGAGAUCUGUGCCGUCAGAGGAUCAACAGUGGACAUUACCUGUACCUACACAUACCCAUCCACAUUUAAUAACCAUGAUACUACAGUUCAGGAAACUAUCUGGUUCAUUAAAGAGAGUAAUGGGAUUUACGUUGAUCUAAGGACUGAUCCGGAGUAUUCAGGUCGUGUGGAGAAUCUCUGUGGAAACAACAAGUGCACUCUGAGAAUCUCUAACCUGAGAGAGAGCGACUCAGCUGUGUACAAGUUCAGGUUCACAACAAACCAACCUACUGGGAGCUUAACUGGUUCAGCUGGAGUCACUCUGUCUGUCACAGACCCUCAGCUCCAGGUACAUGUGAGGAGAUCAACAGCCAAUCCAUCUUCUACCUGGACAGAGCUGACCUGUCACAGCAGGUGUCAGCUCCCUGAUCAUCUUUCCUACGUUUGGUACAAUAACAAUAAACCUGUUGGACGAAAAAAAUACUUUCACCUCCGACACUUUAAUCCUGAAGACAGCUAUCACUGUGCUAUAGAAGGACAGGAGCGUUUCACUUCUCCUACAGUGUACGCUGCAAAGCCUCCCUCUGUGUCAGUGAGUCCCUCUGGUGAGAUCAUGGAGGGCAGCUCAGUGACUCUGACCUGCAGCAGUGAUGCUAACCCAGCAGCUAAAUACACCUGGUACAAGGAGAACCAGACUUUGCUCAACAGAACAGCUCAGCUGGUUUUCAGCUCCAUCCGGUCGUCAGACUCUGGAGAAUAUUACUGCGCAGCUGAGAAUGAGAACACGGCGUCUAAACGAGUCUUAAUAAAUGUGAAAUAUGCUCCACAGUCCUCCUCUGUGUCAGUGAGUCCCUCUGGUGAGAUCAUGGAGGGCAGCUCGGUGACUCUGACCUGCAGCAGUGAUGCUAACCCAGCAGCUCACUACACCUGGUACAAGGAGAACCGAACUCUGCUUCAAGGACCAGAGGGCGUUUAUCGUCUCUCCUCCAUCAGCUCUGGGGACAGCGGGGUCUACUCCUGCAAGUCUGAGAAUCAGUACGGACGGAUCAACUCCACGUCUCUACACUUAGACGUCCAGUACGCUCCAAAGCCUCCCUCUGUGUCAGUGAGUCCCUCUGGUGAGAUCAUGGAGGGCAGCUCAGUGACUCUGACCUGCAGCAGUGAUGCUAACCCAGCAGCUAACUACACCUGGUACAAGGAGGACGAGGACUCACCAACAGCAUCAGGACAAAACUUCACCAUCACUAAUAUCACAGCUGAACAUGGUGGAAAGUAUCAGUGUGAGGUCCAGAACACACACGGACGUAGUAAGGCCACGUUUCAUCUGACUGUUGGAGCAGUUUCACCUGUAUCAUGGAGAUCAGCACUCAUUGGAUCAGCUGCUGCAGUUUUCCUCGCUGUGACUCUCCUCUCCGUGUUCCUACUGAUCAGAAAAAAGAGAAACUCUCAUCAAUCUGCUGAUCCUGGGGACAGACUUGACCACAGUGAGCAGCGUCUACACAAUCAGUCUAAGGAAAACUGUGACCUCAACUACGCCAGUGUCCACUUCAGGAAGAGGGAGACGGAUCCCAGUGAACACAAGGAGGCGGAGGAGGUUGUGUACGCUCCUGUCAAGUUUAACAGAUCUGCCCCUAGAACCAGCGGUCGGGACACCGGAGAGGAUCCAGCUUUAUUUUACAGCACAGUCCAAAAACAUCCUGCUGUUUAGACCAACGUCUGGAAAUCACCUGAGGCCCGAUGGAAAUAUCUCAACAGCUGCUGGAUGGAGUUGAAUAGAAGUUCAUUCAACUGUUCAUGGUCCCCACAGGAUGAAUCCUUCUAUGGUGACAGACUCCAGCAUCAUUGUUGAAGUGAAUGUUCAGUUUUAAGUGACUUGUCUUGACAGCUAAUGGAUAAAUUCCCCUGAGGAUGAAUCCAAACGACUUCAGUGACUCGACUUUUAUCUGAAAUAUAUCAUCAACUUGUAGAAGUUGUUAAAAACGCAACAUUUAGCCUGAAUGAGAAAUAUCGAACAUUUCAUAACUUGCAGCUUCAAACAUGAAAAUAUCUGCGUUGUGUGUCAGACAGUUGACAAACUGUAAACUUGUAAAUAACUUUUUUUCUAUUCAUAAAAUUAUAAAAACAAGCAUUAUUAGUUAGAUGUAGUGUGACACUGCUGCCACUAGAUGGUAGUAAAGAGUUUUACUGAUAAAACCACAGAGCGGAUUCUGUCCCUUUCUCUUCUUUCUGUUUCUACACUAUUGUUUCCAUCGUUUCCAUCAUCAGCCGAUCAGGAGUUGAACUCAUUUCCUCUGAGGACUGGAGGGAGCACGUCUCAUGUGGAUGUGAGCUGCUACUGCCGUGAUGAACGCCUUGAAUGUGACCGCUAACACAAAGUGAACUGCUGGCACCAGAUGACCUCUGUUGCCUCUGGUGUCUGUUCAAAGUUUGCAUCAGGCUCAUUGAUUUCACUUUAGUGUUUUGUGGUAUUUCUCACAUCACGUGUUAAACAUGUGAAGAAGAAGGAGUGAGGUGUGUUUUAAUCCACCGUGUUCACUCGGCGGACAUUUUCCUCUGACGUCUCUCUCAGGGUGUGAAGCUCGAAUGUUGUUACGAACAGAAAAAUGUUGUACUGCUGUGAUCCAGGUUUAUAAGUUACACAAAAAAGAUAAUAUAUUAUAACUUAUUCUUUAUUAGGAUGAUUGAUUCAUUAUUAUAACAUUAGUUUUGAUAAUUUUAGUAAGAUAGGUUUGUUUGCUGCACCUUUAGGAGACUGAUGUUAAUACUUUUUAUUUUUCUUCACAACAUUAUUCAUAUUCAUAGUCUUGUUUGUUUAAUUUGUUGUUCACUCACACUUUCCUCUUUUCUAACUUUGUGAUGUACAGUUUAGCAACAAAGCAGAUUUUCUUUCAGGGAUCAUUAAAAAUGUGUUUUCUAUUCUGUUCAUAUAUUUUUAUUUUUACUUUAAACAUGAAGCUCAUUUGUUCCUAUUUGCUAUUGUUUUUAAUUUUUAAUCUCACUUCCAGUAUUUGUUCUGUAUUUCAUUCGUCCUUUUCAUAAUAAAGCCAGUCAGACGCCA